AUGGGUCUCUUCGAUAAACUCGUGAAAGCGCUCGGCAUGAAGAAAAUUCAAGUAAACAUCUUAGUUGUUGGUCUCAAUAACAGCGGAAAAUCGACAAUUGUGAGUCAUUUUAAGAAUCCCGACGAGCGAAGUACAAUUUCCGUUCCGACAGUCGGUUUUCAGAUAGAACAGUUUGAAAACCAAGGCGUAUGUUUUACGGCUUUUGACAUGUCAGGCGCAGGAAGAUAUCGCAAUUUGUGGGAACAUCAUUUCAAAAACUGCCAAGGAAUUGUCUUUGUCAUCGACUCGAGUGACCGAAUGCGAUUAGUUGUGGUCAAAGAUGAGCUCGAACUGCUACUUUCGCAUCCGGAUAUCGAAAAAAGACGUGUUCCAAUAUUAUUUUUCGCCAAUAAAAUGGAUAUGCCGGAUGCGUUGAGUUCAGUUAAAAUAGCAGCAGGCUUAGGUUUAGAUAAGAUCGAGAACAAACCGUGGCAUAUAAGCUCGUCAAAUGCGUUAACAGGCGAAGGAUUACAGGAUGGAGUGUCGUGGCUCGUUCAACAGAUUAAGGAAUGCAUGGCAGCGAAUAGUAACAAACAGGUUAAGAAAGAAAUGGAAAAGGAGGAAUUGUAUUAAAAGUGGAAUUUUGAUGAUUAUU